GGUUUUAUUCCUGUGGUAUAACAGGUGUAAUCCAUUACACUAACAGUGGUUAUGACAUCUUCCUGUGUUCCUCACACUGUCCGUUCUCUGAGGGGUUGCUCAGCAACGUUGUUUGGUGAGCUUAAGGCAUGAAGCUGGCAACAGGGGCUUAUUAAAUUUCCAUGGGUUGAGACACUGCAUCCAGCCUAUGAUUUGAUAAAGUAUUGAGAAUCGCUGAGACACGGCAGAGUGCACUUUGCUCACGUACUCCUCAGCACCAGCAGGACAGCUGCAGGACGAUAACGCUGCUUUUCCAUGCUACUGAUUUCUUCACAGAUUUGCAGCUGUUCACAGAUGCUUUGUGAAAGCUGGACUCAACACCAUGUUGGUCAGCCAGCUGCUCUUGCCAGUAUACAUCCUUACCUUCCUGAUCGGGCUUCCUGCCAACAUCCUUGCAUUCUGUACCUUCUGCCGCAAGGUCCACCGCAAACCUGCCCCCAUCGACAUCCUCCUACUGAACCUGACCAUCUCUGACCUCAUCUUCCUCACCUUUUUGCCCUUCAAGAUGAAAGAGGCUAUUGAUGACAUGAUUUGGAAGAUGCCAGAAUACCUGUGUCCCCUCAGCAGCUUCAUGUUCUUCUCUACUAUUUACACCAGCACCUUUUUCCUGACAGGAGUUAGCAUCGAACGCUAUCUGGGCAUUGCUUUUCCGAUCCAGUACUCUGUUUACCGUCGACCACUCUACGCCGUAAUUGCCAGCAUGAUCUUCUGGCUGGUCGGCACUCUGAACCUCAGCAUUGUCUACAUUGUGCCAUCUUUGCCUUCCAGCAACAGCAGUGAUAGUGACAGUUUAAACUGCAGCAUGACACCACCUUCAGAAAUGAAAUGCUACAACAACUUUACCCAAGAGCAACUCAGUAUUCUGCUGCCGGUGCGCCUGGAGCUCUUUGUGGUGCUCUUCUGCAUUCCUUUCCUUGUCUGUGGCUUCUGCUACAUUAAUUUCAUUCGAAUUCUCUCCCAGUUGCCUCACAUCAGUCGGCGGCGCAAGCUCAGGGCUAUCGGACUGGCCCUCGGGACUCUGCUGGUGUUCGCCGUCUGUUUCGGACCCUAUAACGCCUCGCACGUGGUCGGGUUCGUCCGGGCCGAGAGCGAGGACUGGCGAGAUCUGGCUUUGAUCUCUAGUACGCUAAAUGCCUGCCUAGACCCCAUUAUUUUCUACUUCUCAUCCGCAGCAGUACGAAGUGCAAUCAGUGGUUUUGUGAAAGGAAUGAAGGAGAAGAGUCAUGUACUGAAGUGCAGAAAGAUUCAUUGUUGCCCCAUGCUGGUCUCUGAGACUGAUAAAUAUAGAGACAGAGACACACCUCCACUUGACAACCAGAGACAUUCCUUAGGACAACUGGAAUUAGAAGGCGCUUUAUAGCUUGUUGUUUUAACUGCAUGACACCUCAUGACCUCUUAUUACAUUAUUAUAUGCUUGAUGUUAAAUAUGCAGCUGCCUGGACACCAUCUCAUAUGUGCAGAUAUACUGUAUCUGUAUCAGAGCUGUUCAGGAGCUUUCCAGCCUUCUACUGACUUAUCAUUCUCUUUGUUUACAAAUGACUGCAAAACUGGUGAGUUCCCUAACAUUUUUGUUAGAGGUAUUGUUCCGUUAGAUUUCCUACACCAAUGAUCUUACGAACUAAUGAGCUCUGUUUGAUUGCAGCAGCUGUUCAAUCAACUUGCCGUGUUUUCUUUAUUCAGAAUGGUCUUUAACAGAAUAUAACCUGAUACACUGUUGCAUGGUGUUUACUGGCAAAUAUAUGGUACAUUUGUAAGAACUGGAAGAAUUGACUCCAGAAAGUGAGCCAAGAAAAUACAACCUUCUACCUGAGAAUCUGAUUGGUGUGGUCUCUUGACCUACUUAUGUAAGUUCGAAAUAAACAUGACAUUAUCUGACUGAUUUAUCCUGAGAUUAUUGUGGUUAUAACAAGGACUUUUUGGAAGGAAUUUGGGGAAUUUUAUUUCAAACGAUCAAAUUCAAUAGACCAAGAAAACACUGAUAGGAUCAAGCAAUUAUUUAGUUCAACUUUACAUUUCAACAGGAAGCAGGCUGUGGAGCUUAUUCCAUCUCCCUGGAGAAAAAACGACAAGGAAAUCUCUUCUAAUUCAAUCCAUUCUUCAUACUUCAGACCAGACCGGACCGGAGAUGUACAAAUCAAUGUCGGCAUAUUGACGGUUCAAUCCUGUUUAAAACUUCACUCUAAUUGACUACAUUCAUUCAUCUUCAGUAACUGCUUCAUCCUGCUCAAGCUCAUGCUGGAUCCAGAGCUCUGGAAGUGAAGAAGGGCAAAUGUAGCCAUGUUCUGAACUAUGAUCAGCAUGUGUACACUUAUUUCUUCAAUUAAUUAUACCUAAUUUCCAGAAGAACAUCAUGUUUAAUAUAAAAACAUUGAAUAAUCUAAAAACAUUAAACACUAUUACACAUGGGUUUUGAACAUUUAAUUAAUGUUGCAUCCAAAACCAAAUCCAAACGCUCCCACUAUAAACACACUGAGUGCCAUAAAACAAAGAAAAAUUCAUUACAAUGCGCAAAGCAGCAGCAUCCAACAGUUCUGGUUGUAUCUAUGAACAGUGAAACCCUGUAGUGUUGUCUUUAGGGCAGAUUGGCAUUAAUGAAGACUAAGUGCAUCAGCUCAGUGGCGCUAAUCCAGUUAUAAUCAGCCCUGUUCUGGAGAAGAUUCUGAAGGGACUGAGUGGCCCUGUUAUCACCUUUACCAGUCACGGGAAUACAGAAGCUUUGGUCUCACACCAGAUACUGGGAUCUGUAAGAGUUUAAGGUAGGAUAUGACUACUAGUACAGCAGCAGCUGCUGGGUUCUUUCUUUAGGUGUCUCUUUGCUCUUUCAUCAAAGAUCCUCCAACAGAAGAUGUUCAUGGCUGCACUUGUAGUGCCAAUGCUCACUGUUCUUCAUCAUCAUAGCCUCCUAGGGUUGGAUCCAGCUGUUUAUUGUAAAUAAAGUCUCAUUUACAAGUACGUUGUUAUUAAAGCCCAGCAUUUUGAAACACAGGUCCAGUAGGGUGGUUUGUUCUGUGGAACUUUCUUCCCCUAGAUGCACACAGUGCUCGAGUAGUACAUACACUGGGUUGAGAGCAUGGGUGUAGCUUCUAAAUCCCACGACCCUCAUGAUUAUGAAUGGUUGGAAAUGGAAAUCCCUUUCAAAAGCCCGUCAACUGCGUUCUAUCUUAGUGGGGUUAUGGGCAUUGAAGCAGUUAAGACUGGAAAGUUCUGAUAAACCGGAUCAGGAAUGUUUAUCUGUAUAUUGAUGCUGCUGAUUAAGCAUUUGUCCAAGUGUGGAACUUUGGCAGGAAACUGCUUUAUUUUGAUGAAGUCUGAUUUAACAAUACUUAGUGAAGCAUGUACUCAAGUACUGCUCUGUUCCGAUCCUGAAAUUCCAUGUACUAUGAAGUCAGAUUAAUGACAAAAUGCCAAAACAGAACUAAACUAUCCCAAAAGCCACUGCCAUCAUAUGAGUUCGUUCCUAAAACAUCUGCAAUUUGUAGCAUUGAUUUCGUUUGAUUUCGGGGUAUAUUGUAUACGUGUGUUUGUACAUAAUCUUUUGGUGAAGGAUGACUUUUUGAACAUGAAAUGUUUGAAUGCAAACAUCUGGACUCUAUAUGAUAAUAUAAUUAUCCUUUGACAUGCUGAGGCUCAGCCUAGUGUAUGGGAAACGUGACAUAGGGGAACUGUCUUAGAACAAAGAGAACACAAAGAGAGGUGUGUUUAUCUUACCUCAGAGUAUUUACCCCAUUCAAUUGUGGUUACUAUUAUCAUGAGCGUAGAUGACAUUUGGGAAAACAUUGUGUUUUACCUGGCCUUUGUGAAGCACAUGCAUAGAAAUACACAAUCCUGAACUGAACUGACCAUACAUGAUUUGCCAAAACAUACUGAAAAAGAAUUGUUUAAAAUGAUGAUUAUUAUUCUUUAACAUUUUUUUUGUUUGUUUGUUUGCUUUUUGGACUUAAAUGAACAGCUAUGGCAUGUAGAGUAUCCAUUUUGGAGAUCAGUCACCUAGUGCAUGUGACAGCAUUUUGUUAACAGUUUCAAAAUUUGGGGUAUGAAAAUGAUGGUGAAUUGCUGUGAUCCAUAGUUUUUGUUUGUUAGACAUCAUGGCGCCACCUAGUGACUAUUUUAUGUAGCAUUACAUGAUCUUUGUGUGUUAGUGGGCGGAGUGAGUGAUGCAGCAAUAUUAAAGAUAUUAAAUUUAUGCAAAUGAGAAGUACAACGAUCUUCCACUGGACACUUUUUUCGACAUGUAGUAUGUAGAAUAUAGACGCAGGCUAGAAGAGUUUCCAGUUCCCACACUUUUUCAUUACUAAUAAUGAAAUUACCAAAGUUUUCAUCGACGUUAUAGUUUCAUCAUAGCUAUCAGGAAAAGAACGUCAGUUUCCACUAGCAUUGAUGCUAACUACACUAUGUUGCCAAAGGUUCUGGGAUGGUUGUCUUUAAAUGCACAUGAAUUUAAUAUGGAGUUGGCCAGCAAUAACAGCUUCAACUCUUCUGGGAAGGCUUUCCACAAGGUUUAGGAGCGUGUUUAUGGGAAUUUUUGACCGUUCCUUUUUGUGAGGUCAGGCACUGAUGUUGGACGAGAGGACUCCGCUCUAAUUCAAGAUACAAUCCCAAAGGUGUUCUAUGGGGUUGAGGUCAGGCCAAUCAAGUUCCUCCACACCAAACUCACUCAUCCAUGUCUUUAUGGACCUUGCUUUGGUCACUGGUGUGCAGUCAUGUUGGAACAGGAAGGGGUCAUCCCCAAACUGUUCCCACAAAGAGCAUGAAAUUGUCCAAAAUGUCUUGGUAUGAAGCUGAAGCAUUAAGAGUUCCUUUCACUGGAACUAAGGGGCCGAGCCCAACCCCUGAACGCAAUGAUUUAAUGCGGUUGUCCCAAAACUUCUGUCAAUAUAGUGUAGCUCUGAAGAUAUGAGAUGAUCUUCAUGCCUCAUAUUUUAUAUUUUACCAUUUUAAUUCAUUUGCAUUACUUGCUUUACAAAAUGAUAAAAUUACUAGAUUAGUUACAUUUGAUUGCUGAUAGCAUCCUUUUGCUGAAGGGAAAUGGUUGUGUUCUUACUUACUAUGUUCUUAGUAAAAUCAUUAGAAUAUUCUGUUGUGACUGUAACAGCCUUCACUGCCAACAUCCUGACCCCCGUUCUUGGUUUGUUCCUCCUCAGACCACUCACUACUGCUGACCAGGAGAACCCUAUAAACCUUGCAGAAGCUCUGAUCCAGUCAUCUAUCUACAAUGAUGACACUCGUGAUAGUUGCUCAGGUCUUCACACCUGCUCAUUUCUCUCUUAUCCAACACGUUGAUUAUGUCUGUUUGCUUACCGUCUAAUAUAUCCCAGACCUUGACAACACAGCGGCUAUGAUAUAACCAACACUUCAUCUCUGAGUGGUCAUAAUGUUUGGCUUAAUAUUUAGCAGUUCUAACUUCUGAUCGCUCGUGAUCAGAGCUCAGUAACCAGACUUCAGAAGUGGCUUUGAACUUCAUUUUAGCUGGAAGGAAUUUUUGUUAACUCUACAAUGAAAAUUGAAAUUAUGCUGAUGCUCAAAAGCUCCUGAUUACACAACUGCACUCGAUAAUAUACAGUUACAGAAAGGAAGUGAUUUAUAAUCACUCUCUCUGGUGUCACCCAGAUAAAGACGAGGUUCCCUUUUGAGUCUGGUUCCUCUUCCUCAUAUCGCCUCAUGGAGUUAUUCCUCACCACUGUUGCCUCUAGCUUGCUUAUUACUGAUAAACGUUAUAUAAUAAAAUGUUUAACUUUACAAUUUUAUUCUCACUUUUUAUUUCUUUAAAAGUUGCUUUGCAACAACGUUCAUCGUUAAC